CGUUAUCAAUUAUCUACAAACAAGUUUAAUCACAGAUAAUUCCACAACUGCGCCUCAAUUUUCAACAGAAGGGGAAAUUUCAGCAGGAAUUUAAGCGCAAGUCGGCGAAUGUAGCACAAGUUGCAUACAUGAACCGCACGAAUGGUCACAAAUGAGGGGCUCAAAUAAGUAUUAUUAUUUUGUUUAAACAUUUCGCGUCGCAUUACGAUUCCACGGCGAUCUUCAAGUAUUCUCUUCGCCCUCCUCGACUGUGAUUAUGUCCCUCACAAUUCUACUCGCGUCUGCAAGAAGCACGCUUAGAUAUUCCUGCACGGUUGCCGCACAAAGAUGGUGCUCCACCAAAGAUAAAGACACGAAUCACCAUCAUGAAGAAGAAGAUGCCUAUGAGGAGGAGAUCCGCGAUAAGAUUCUCGCUGCUUCCUUGCCGUAUGUGAAAGAGUUGGGCUGGUCGAAGGAGGCGAUAGCUGCAGGAGCCUGCGAAGUUGGUUAUCCUGGUGUCACGCAUGGCAUGUUCACACGCGGCGGUGGAGAUCUAGUCUUAUACUUCCAGAAGUCAUCAAAUUUAAAACUCGUGGAUUUCAUGAAAGAUUUUCAAUGUCGUCAUGAGGAAAAAAGCGUCCCGCCAGCGGAAUUCGUUGAAAUCGCGUGUAAAGAACGUUUGUCAAUGACAAUACCCUAUCUUGCAAGAUGGCCGCAGGCGAUUGCCAUUAUGACGUUACCACCGAAUGUCCCGCAGGCCCUGGCGACACUAUUAACAAUGGUUGAUGAUAUUUGUUAUCAUGCAGGCGAUCGCUCUGUUGAUUUUACGUGGUAUGCAAGGCGAAUAGCAGUCGCAGGAGUGUACAAAGCAAGUGAAUUGUACCUGAUGCAAGAUAAAUCACCAGAAUACCGCGAUACAUGGAAAUUCCUCAAUCGCCGCCUAACGGAAGCAGUGCAACUGAAUGAUCUAAUCAACAGUAAGCGUGAUGGGCCCAAUAUGGCUGGUAAAGACACGAUUUCCGCGGCGUUUACAACAGCGCGAAAUAUUCUCGGUUUAAACAAAACUUAACUCUAGUACAAAAUAAGCUAACCGUAGUUCGGUUUAAGUUAAUCUAGACCAAUUUGUUACACAUAUAAAUGUUUUGUUAAAAA